AGUGAAUACAGAGAGUGAGGAAAAGCGAGCACCAAACAGAUCUGAUAUCACUUUUUCUGACUGUUUUUAAAGGAGCAGCAUCCUGCGUCCAUCAUGCAUGUGUUAAGGACCUGGCGUGUGCUGUGUGUGCUGGGCUACGUGGGUGCAUCUCUGAGCGUGAAUGAUGUGGAGUAUGACGGAAACUGUGCAGACGACUUUGACAACGAGAUCUCUCAGGAUCAACAGGAGGGACCUCCAGCUGCACCGUGCCAAGCAGAUUCAUCCCGCUGGGACAAGCUGUUCAUUGCUCUUGAGGACUCUCAUAUGAGACAGAACAUGCUGCUGAGGUCUCUGGAGCAGUGCUGUGGAGGGAUGACCUCUCUGAAGCUGCAGGUGGACAAACUGGCUAAGGGGACGUGUCAUCAGCUUCUACCCAGUGUGGAGAAUGCAUGCAGGGCACAAGCAGAGCAGGCACACCUGAAGCUGCGACAGGAUCUGGCGGAACUUAGAGAAAAGGGCGUAGAAAGAGAGAGGAGGUUAAACGUUACUUUGCAGAAGCUUUUGCACAAUAGCCAUGAACAGAACAGUCGUCUGAGGAGACUGGAGGAGAAUAAAGCAGCGCUGAUGGGACCAGCAGACACCAACAGGAGGGGACCCCCACCCACGCUGAGGCCUGGAGGUUCAGGACCACUGAUUCUGUCUGUACUGAAAGAGCAGGAAGUGAGUCCACCAGCCAAUAAGACCGUGGUUGAAAAAGCCCUGGUUGCUAUAGCAACAGAGCUCCAGAAGGUUCACCUGCAGCUGAACAGACUAAUGGAGCAGACAGUGAAGGACAGAGGAGACACAUGAGGAGCAGAAGCACCUCACUGAGAAGGACAUACUGCACAUACCCAUUUGUAACACUGCAUGAAAUAGGGCUGGGGGAUAAGGACAAAAAUAUUAUAAUUACAGGAACUUUCAUAUCUGUACUUUGAUAAUUAUUACAAAUAGGGAUGCACCGAUACCAGUAUCGGGCAUCAGCUACGAUACUCAGUGUGCGUAUUCGUACUUGUAAAAGAUAUCCGAUACAAAUGCACCGAUACCAUUUACGGCAGUGUGACAUUCCCAGUUCAGUGCAGCAGGUA